AACAGACAAUAGAAGCGGCCCAAUCGAGUUGGCUAAGGCCGCGCAUUCGAGCUAGCCCAUUACCUGACGCGGCCCAUUAUUAUUCGUGACUUGUGAUUUUUAUUUUGGGGUACAUUUGGAUUUGGAUUCUAAUUUGCGUUUGAGAUAUGUAUGGCGCCAAAUGCAAUCCUUCUCCAACAAUGGCACUGAAAUUUUGUGCAACAAAUCCGGGACUCCAAUUCAAUUCAUCACACACAUCAUCUCCAUCACUCAAGCCCAAACCUCUUGUUGGUCUCAGAUCCCACAGAUCCUUCAAAAGCUAUCGAAACCAAAUACGUAUUCAGAUCUGUCAAUCCUAUUUGGUCGAUGAACAACUGCAGGAGACCUCAUUCUCUGACGCAGAGAACCAGCUCAUCGCGAUCGGGAUCCAAGGUUGUGGCCGAUCCGCUUCUCCUCGCCAGCUCAAUGGUUGUUGCAGGAUGUGAAGCUGGCGGUGAAAGUUCUAGAAGGAUUAGGAGGCGUACCUGAUCCAACUGCAGACGGACUCUAGUUUGAUUGAAGGUCGCUGGAAACUGAUGUUUAUUACCAGACCAGGAACAGCAUCUUCGAUUCAGUUGCGUCUAUCAUUUGGAUAUAAUUGUAAAGAACAUUUGUCGGAGUUGACUUCUUCAGUGUUUUUUAAGACGUCUAUCUUUGGACAAAUGAUCCACGCCUCCAAUAUUGUAAGAUUCUCCGAUGCAAUAGGCAAGCUGAAAAUGGAGAGGCAGCAGCAUCAAUUAAAGACGGUAAACGAAUUCUUAUCCAAUUUGCAAAAGCUUCCUUAUCCAGUGCCAUUUAGGCUUCUUGGUGAUGAAGCAAAAGGUUGGUUAGAUGGUAUAUUUGUCCUCCUCUGGAAACCUGCAAAGUUCGAGAGGAAACAAGCGCAGGGCACUACAUUUGUCCUGCAAAAGCAAACCAAACCUAGGCAAAAGCUUUUAUUUGCAAUUUCAACUGGAACAGGAGUUUUAGAGGCAAUUGAUGAGUUUAUCUCCUCAAAUCAGAAUAAAACCGAAGAUGAUCUCGAACUUCUGAAGGGAGAGUGGCAAAUGAUGUCGAGUUCACAGACAGUGACAGAUAGACAGAUAGUUGGUUAGAGAAUGCUGGGAAUGGUCUUAUGGGCAUGCAGGCAAGUGUUAAAUGCCAAUACUUUGUCCAUAUUGCACCACUUUAUUAGGCCACGAUUUGUUCUUUCUGUUCAGGGUUAAUUUACUUCCUAAUACUUCUGCCAUUAUGAAAUCAGAUUGUUAAGAAGA